GCUGCUGGAGCCGCCUCAGUGCGGGCGGCGCGGGCGGACCCGCUGGAUCAUGGCUGAGCAACGACAGGACAAGGCGGCGCUGAUAAGCGAGACCCGGCGGCGUUUCGAGGCUGAGUACCUGCCAGAUAAAUCAGAUAAAUAUGAUUCUAGAGAUGUGGAAAGACUUCAGCAAGAUGAUAAAUGGGUUGAAAACUACUUGAUUUGGCGUCAUGAUGUUGUGGACGAUACUUUAAAGAUGAUUGAUGAAAGCUUUCAGUGGAGGAAAGAAUACACAGUUAAUGACUUGUCAGAAUCUGUCCUUCCAAAAUGGUUGUUUGAAAUUGGUGCUCUCUUUCUGCAUGGAUAUGAUAAAGAGGGCUAUAAGUUAUUUUGGUUCAGAGUGAAACAUCAUACAAGAGAUCCUAAACAGCAACUCGAAAAAAAGAAACUUGUUGCUUUUUGGUUAGAACAUUAUGCCAAGAGAGAUCAUGGAAAGCCCUUGACAGUGGUAUUUGACAUGGCUGAAACUGGAAUCAGUCACAUAGACUUGGAUUUUGUCCGGUUUAUUGUCAACUGUUUUACAGAUUAUUACCCAAACUUCCUCACAAAGAUAGUAAUAUUUGAAAUGCCAUGGAUAAUGAAUGCUGCUUUUAAAAUUGUGAAGGGUUGGCUUGGCCCAGAUGCAAUAAGCAUGUUAAAGUUCACAAACAAGAAUGACGUGCAGGAAUACAUCAGUGGAGAGUAUCUGCCACCUCACAUGGGUGGAACUGAUUCUUUCAAGUACAGUUAUCCUCCAUUGGUUGAUGAUGAUUUUCAAACUCCUUUAUGUGAAAAUGGGCCCAUUACAAGUGAAGAUGAGCAUGAAAGUAAAGAAGAGAUAGAUGCAGACACCAAGGAGGCUGGAGAGCUGAAUGAAGCACAAAACCUUAAUCAGAAAAAGAUGAAUUCUAUAGAACAAAUUUCCAAAUCAGAGGAAACUGACAAAACAGAGGUCAAACCAAAAAAUGCAAAGAAAGCAUUAACUACUUUUAAAGGACCUUUAUUACAUAUCAGCCCAGCAGAAGAGCUAUAUUUUGGAUCCAAGGAAACUGGAGAGAAAAAAUGUUUGAUAGUUCUCACAAACGUCACUAAAAAUGUAGUGGCUUUUAAAGUGAGAACAACUGCACCUGAAAAAUACAGGGUUAAACCCAGUAACAGCAGCUGUGAACCUGGCACAUCAUUAGAUAUAAUAGUUUCUCUUCAUGGUGGUUUUGCAGCUUCUUUGCAGGAUCGUUUCCUUAUAAUGGCAGCAGAAAUGGACCAGUCUUCUGGAGCAGGUGUGCCAGAACUGACUCAGUUUUGGAAAGAAGUCCCUAGGACCAAAGUGAUGGAACAUAGGCUCAGGUGUCAUGUCAUAGAAAGUAGUAAGCCCUCUUCUCUGACAUUAAAAGACAAUGCAUUUAAUAAUCCAGCAAAAACUAAUGAAGAUUUACAUAUACAGCUAACUCAUUUACUGCAGAUUAAUAGACGUCUUGAGGAGCAGAUGAAUCGCUGCCUCUGGUUCCAGCAGCUGUCAGUUGUUUUAUCACUGCUAUCAGUUACUGUUGCUGCCUUCUGCUUCUACCUGGCGAAUGCCCAGAGAAGCUAAAAAGAAUUGCUGUGCCCUGGAUGUGCUGCUGCCUGUCAUGGUUCAUUGGAGUCAAAAAGAUUGCAGUGUUGCACUUCUGCCAAAAUGAAGUUUGUGAGCCUACAGCAAUGAACAAGGAACAGUUCACUGGGGAAAAAAAAGAUAGAAGAAAUGAAUGACCAGCAAACAAAAUUACUGAAAUUAUUGUCUAAGUUGAUACUUACAAUAGGGCAUGAGGAAGAUGUUAAAGCUAGGACCUAUUUUCACUGUACAACUCAAUAAAAACUACUGACCUGGAAGGAGGAAACCAAAUACAACAUUAUUUAAGACUGUUGUGCUUUUUCCCCCUCUAUUCAACUACUUUAAAUGCAAUAUUUAAUUUCUUUUCAUCGUAUUCAUUCUUACAUUCUGAAUCACUCCCAUAGAAGAUGCAAGCAGUCAACUUAGUGUAUUCCAAGGUUAAUCUGUUCAUCCAGGAAAGUUUACAGAAAUUAUGUAGUACAGGUGGAUUUUUUUAUAUAAUCUGUGUAUAUACAUGCACAUAAAGGAAGACAUUUGUUGUCAGUAAUGAUUUUGAUAAUUCACUCAUUGUUCUUAUUGGUUAAAUUCAUUAUUUUUGUGCUUCUUCUAAAUGAAAAGUUAUUGUAAACGUUUCUUACCAUGUAAAAUACGCACAAGACAAGACACUAUUCCUAUUCUCUUGUUUUGUUUUUUUUUGGAAGGCACUUCUAUUCAAAUUACAGGAGGAGUGUGGGAGCUGACUUCUUUACUGUGAUGUCCUAUUAUUGGUUCAUAAAAAGGCUAUUAAAUAUUCAGUGUAAGAACUUAGUCUGAGUUGUGCAAUACGGUUAAAUUACAUAUGAAAUUUUGAAAAAAAGCAAGUCAAAUCAGAAAGAUUAAAUACACUUGAAGGCAACAUAAAAGUAUUAUAUCUGCCAUUUCACAGAAAUUGUGUAAAUGGUGCAUGAAGCUAGAAAGAACUUUGCUAACAAGGAUUCUUUGUACUCAUUACUGUAAAUAUGUACAUUAAAAUAAUAAAAACUUAAAAGGAGACUGAUGGUAUCUUUCAUACACUUAAAAUUUUCACUCUUUAAGAGAUUUGAAAAUUUAAAAUAAUUAUAUUACUUGAAUUAAUUUUUUCUACAAAUUGGCUUUGUAACAGAUUUAUUAGUUUUGUCUGUUAAAUUCAAUAGAUGAGAAGUGAUUAUUAAGGAAAAAUAAAGGUCAUACUCUGCUUCUGUC